AUGCAGACAUUAUCUAAGGUUCAAAUCAACAUUCCAUUACUGGAUGCGAUCAAGAAAAUUCCAUCAUAUGCCAAGUUUUUGAAAGAAGUUUCCAGUAGAAAAAAGAAGCUUGCAUAUUUGGACAAACGAUUGGGACAAGGAGAUUUAAAGCCUACAUCAAUUACACUUCAACUAGUUGGCCGUUCAAUCACUUAUCCAAGAGGUGUUAUUGAAGAUUUAAUUAUUAAGGUUGAUAAUCUUUAUCUACCGACAGAUUUUGUGGUUUUAGACAUGGAUGAAGACUUUUACACACCUAUUAUUUUGGAGAGGCCAUUUAUGGCAACAGUUAGGACUUUAAUUGAUGUGGAAGCUGGAACAUGGACUUUACGGGUUCAGGACCAAUCUGUGGUGUUUAAUUUGUUUGAGGCAGCGAACUGUCCUGCUGAGCAGCAAGAAUGUAUGCGCAUUAACGUGGUAGACAGUAUGUUAAAUGAGCUUGAGGAAAUUCGUCAAGGUGCUUAUGACAAUUCUCACAUCUACAAGGACAGAACUAAGGCAUUUCAUGACAGUCAAAUUUUACAGAAGGAAUUUCAGCCAGGACAGAAGGUUCUAUUAUUCAAUUCAAGGCUCAAGUUGUUUCCAGGGAAAUUAAAAUCGUGCUGGACUGGACCGUACCUGGUGACUCAAGUUUUUCCUCAUGGGGCAGUUCAAAUCACUAAUGAAGCUAAAGGCAACACAUUCACAGUGAAUGGUCACAGGCUGAAACCCUACGUGGAGACACCCUUCAACAUUGCAAACGAGUCUUUGACUCUAAAGAAACCAGUGAUUUGA